AUGGCUGAAGCUCUUACAAAGACCGACUUGCAGGGCAUGCUGCCGCUCAUCGCUCGCGGUAAAGUUCGCGAUCUCUAUGAAAUCGACGAGAAGACAUUACUCUUCAUCGCGACUGAUCGGAUCUCAGCAUACGAUGUGAUUAUGGACAAUGGAAUCCCAAACAAGGGCAAACUUCUCACCCUGUGCACAAAGGCCUGGUUCAACAUCCUCCAAAACGCCAUUCCUUCCCUUCGCACCCAUCUCAUCACUCUCGAUCUUCCCCCUCAAAUCCCAGAGUCGCAACGCGCCGCUCUCCAAAAUAGAAGCAUGCAAGUGCGGAAAUACAAGAUCUUCCCGAUUGAAGCGAUUGUGCGAGGGUAUAUCACCGGAUCUGCGUGGAAUGAGUAUAAAAAGUCCGGCACUGUACAUGGGAUUCCCGUGGCACCCGGUUUGAAAGAGAGCCAGGCAUUCCCUGAUGGUCCCAUUUACACCCCUAGUACGAAGGCAGAGCAGGGAGAACAUGACGAGAAUAUUCACCCGGACCAAGCUGCCAAGAUCGUUGGCGAACCCUACGCCGCAAAGAUUGCAACCCUCGCUAUAACACUCUACAAGACCGCUCACGCCUACGCUUAUGAGCGCGGUCUAAUCAUUGCCGACACUAAGUUCGAGUUCGGCCUGGACACAGAAACCGAUGAAGUAGUUCUCGUCGACGAGGUGCUAACACCAGACUCGUCUCGUUUCUGGCCCAAGGACAAAUAUGUCAUAGGCCAGGGCCAGGAAAGCUUCGAUAAGCAGUAUUUGCGGGAUUGGUUGACGCGCGAAGGCCUCAAGGGCAAAGAAGGCGUCAAGAUGACGGACGAAGUUGCUCAGAAAACGGCGGAGAAGUACAAAGAGGCAUGGGAGAAGAUUACUGGCGGUGGAGAGUUGUAA